AUGUAUGAUGAACCCAACGCCUGCUCCCCCUGCAACAGGACGUACUACGGGAGGGUGGGGUCGACCUACACCCUGCAGGUCUCGAAGCCCAACAGAGGAACACUGCCUCACUUCUGUCAGCUGACCUUCACGGCGGCUGGAGACAUGUACGGUGAACUGGUGCAGCUCAGCAUCGACAAGUUCAGUCUGGGCAGGUUUGUGUCACACACGGUGGCUGGCUGCCCUGACGGCUACAUGCAGAUAGAAGAGCUGAGUCGCCCCCUCAACGCUGGGUACUGGUGCGGGGCCUCCUGGGGCCACAACGUCUUCUACUCAGAGACCUCCGCCGUCACCGUCAUGCUACGGGUCUUUAACCGCCUUGAGGAAGACCAAAACAACCCGGCAGUCUUUUCGCCGCCGGAGUCCAUCAUGCUGCGGAUCUCCUAUCGCUUCUUGCGGAAGGAGCGCGCGGUACUGCGGUAUGGCCCGCCCUACAACCCCAGCUACCGGGGCGAGGACAUCCCUAACUCCUUCUGUGACAAGUACUUCGAGAACUGCGACAAGAAGAACUGUAAGAUACAGUCGCCCAAUUAUCCCGGGCUGUACCCACGCAACCUUACGUGUAGCUACCAGGUGCGCCAGACACGCGUGCCUGAUGGUAAACUGCCCCUCAUCCGCGUGUUCCAACGCAACCCUCACCUUAUAUACAUCAAAGAUCGCAAUGCGCCGCACCUCUCGAGGGAACGACAGAUGCGUAUAGGCUCAGCAUGCCACGUGCUAUACGACUACCUCAUAGCCUUCGACGGCAGUACGACACGGGCGGCAGUGCUGACGACGCUGUGCAAGGGCGGUGCAGCUUUGUCAGGUAUCACCUCCAGUGGCCCGGACCUUCUCCUAGUCUUCCAUGCCUCGCCCUUUGAUUUUCCCUUCCAAGAUUCACCGCGUCGUCGCACCUUCGGCUUUGAACUCGACGUCGAAGUAGAAUUCGUAGACCGGGAAUCGACAGCGUACGUGCGCCAGGGAGGCACGUGUGACUAUAUGGUUAGUAGCCGCGGGCAGAGAAGUGGCUACCUGCAGGCGCCCGCACACUCCCUGCUGCCCAACACCACCUGCACCUGGCGGCUGCUGGCGGCGACGUCUGAGGUAGUGUGGCUCUAUUUCCUACAUUACCGCCACGUGGUGCACGCCGAGAUGCCAUCCCCCGCCCACUGCUCCAACACCCUCACCAUCCUGGACGGUGACCCCACGGGUGCCCACGUGCCCGACCAUAUCUACGGCUUCGGUAUGUUCCAGCAGAAUAAUGACUUGGCCGGCCUGGCGGACAUUAACGCCACCACUCCAACGCGGCUAGGCAGGUUUUGCCGACCAGAGCGCCUGCCUAGGGUGUGUAGCGGCGUCCAUGCUCCAGGACCGCAUGCGGCACCCUGCUCACCAGCUGAGAGUUAUGUUUCCGUUUCGUCGGCACUAACCCUGUCCCUGCGCUAUGCUGCCGGCACCACACCAGCGCAUGUGGAGUUCUUGGCGCGCUACGAGUUCGUGGACAAGCGUCAGUGGGGAACAGCGACGCCCAACGGAGGUCCUUGUGAUCGUACUUUCACACUGCGGCCAGACGGACUCUUUGCCUCACCAAGAGACGUCUUCUUAUUUGGACGUGGAGGGUCACGGCGACUGAAGUGUGUCUACACGUUCCUAGCUGAACCUUACCAACGCAUCGCACUUCGCAUUAUCCGUUCCCGCAUGGGCUCCAGCUGCGACACCGUGUACCAUGAGUCUUCAUUACGCUAUGAGUGUUCCCAUGGCGGGGCAGCGUACGAGCCCGCCAUAUGGGUGACAGAGGAACCGUGGGAGGGCGUGCAGCUCACCCGUGCCUGUUUGUGUAACACCUACCACGCCCGCCCCUUCUCCCUCAUCUCUUACACCAACAAGAUCCAGGUAGUGCUUAGCGUGCCGCACAUGACGGCCGCUCAUGACUACACGGACUUCUUCUUCGAGGGUGAAUACACCAUCUUUGACAUUGGUGUGGAGUGUGACGAGGAGGAGAGGCGAUUGUCUGGCCGUCACGGCAACUUCACGGUAGGUGCAGGACAGGGCGACCACUGCUCCAGCCUCCCGCGCCUCCUUACUGCCAACGACGGCUCCUUCCUCUUCCUCCGGGUCAACGGAAAAAGCGCUAUGGAAACCAACUGCGGUGUGUCAUCCCGUAUUAACGUGUACUCAGCAGAUGGCAUGGCUCCUCUGGCUUCCAUCUGCCCGGAGCCCCGCCAAGCCUCCACACAUGUGUUCAGUAGCGGCUGGCGGGGCUUAGAGAAGGCCCUGACGGACCACAAUGACAGAAUCUCCAGGCUUAAUGGUAGCAUAGAAGACGUCCACCACCACCACCCGCAGCAGCAUGGCAGACACCCUGGGGACCGCCAGCGGGAGACGCGUGACCUGCUGGUGGAGUAUGUGGGAAACUACUCAGGUAGAUUCUUGAUAACGUGGGUGGGGGUGUGGCGGCCACUGCAGACGGCGCCGCUGUCCCCCGUUGGUGCUGACAUGUGCCCUCACCGCUGCCCGGAAAUUAAGGCGUGUCUACCUGUCGAGCUGUGGUGUGACGGUGACUCUCACUGCCCCUCGGGCAUGGAUGAGGGAGCCGCCGCUUGUGGUUUGCUCGCUGCGUUACCGUGGGUGUAUCUGGCAGCUGGGAUUAUCCUGCUUAUGUCUCUUGUGGCACUUUUAGUGGCAGUGAUAAUUCAUCGCCGAAGGACACUGGCAGUAAAGGCAGUGGCUACGGCGGUGGUGGAGAACAACAGCCACGGUGUAAAGAGUGCCACACAUGACCUGCUGCUGCCAUCAGAUAAGGAGUCCUGGUGACAACGCGCCCCGUCUGGCGAUGUCGUCUGUGUGGACUAUGAAACAACCGUGUAGGUGCCUCUGUUUGUGUCACGCCCUGUACACACGAGACAUACAGAACCUGUACUUUGAAGAAGGCCAUUGACAGAUGUAUUAAAUGUACAGCUUUGGUUGUGUGGGUCCACGAACGAGAAAGGAAAGUAUGAGGCCGUGGUUGUCAUGGGACUACUAAUAGCAGUAUUCUGGGCCCUGGUCCUAUGACACCUGGCCUUGUAUGCAUGCCAGGUACUACAUCACAUCGGUGCCAUGGAGGUUGACUUAGAGGACGAUGGACUGGACAUGAAAGGACCUUGGUAGGUUCAGGUCCUUGUUUGUGGGAGCUGGAGAGGAGAGAUAUGGUGAGGGCCCUAUGGGUCUUGUGAAGUGUUCUUCAGUAGCGUACACUGGGAAUGGCAAGACAACACUGUUUAUUGUUUACUGGGUAUUGUUGAGGUUCUGAGCAUUGACAGGGGCCCUGGCGUGGUGAUGGGCCCACGGUGAAACAAAAUGUCUCAUAGACGGCAUUAAGCUGACGGGGAGUCGUAGUGCCUAACAUGGUGACAGGAGACCUAUGGCGUCACCUUCAUAUCUGUAAAUAGCUACUCGUUGGUUAUGUAUUUUGAGCAGUUGGUUGUUGUGAGAAGCUGAAUGUCUUGUGCAGGUGAGAGAGUUAGUCUACUUGAGGUUAGUGGACCAGCACUGACAGCCACCCCGGCAGUCAGAUGCUUCUACACAUUGCAGUUCUUCGAUAAAACACAAUUGUUUCAUCACCCUAGCGGACUUACGGUAUGUUAUGUAAAUAAUCAGUUUAACUCUGUCGCCAUCCUUCUUGAUAUUUCUCUCGGGGUUUUCGUUGAUGCGUUUGUUUUAAUAAAGAUAAUGCACACGGGGGAUGGCACAAGGGUAACAUCACUUGUGAACGAUACCACACAAAUCAACCUAACCUAACGUAAUGGUCCUUGGGUAAUUUUGCUAAGGUAUGGUUAGUUUAGGUUAAAUUUGGUUGGGUCAUGUACUCUGCUUUAUAAGUGAUUGGAAUUUUUUUUGUCUUGUUCCACCACUGGUUUUGUAUUAUUAACAACAAAACAAACAAAUUAAAGAAAAUACCUUAAAAAAUAACAACAAAUAAAGUGGCGGAAAUAAAGUGAACAUUCAUCUUGUGUCGGAUAUUUUUUUUUAUUAUCAUACAAACACAUUAACCCUAACUACAUCUUAAAUACUUAAAAAUAAAAAAAAUAAAAAAAUAAAUUAAUACUAAGGUUAUCUCUUCCAUAGAAAGUAAUAAAAAUAAAUAAAUUAUCAAGAGGAAUUGUUAUCUGAACACACUAAGUGGUGUAUGGCAGGGUCUUCACGUGGUUUGUUUUCCCGGCAAGAGGUACAAUGUAGGCAAGUAACCACGAACACCAUCGCUACACCGUUGGUUGUAUGUUCAGGCGGCACGAAUCAACCCAACCUCACCUAACUUAACCAAAUCCAAGAAAACCAAACUAAAACUAACAUAACUAAACCAAACCCAUCCUAACUUAACCAAACCCAACCUAGCAUAACGAAACACAACCAACAAAACUAUUCCCAACCAACAAAACCAAAUUUUAGGUUAGGUUAGCGUAGGUUAGGUUAGCGUAGGUUAGGUUUUGUUAGGUUUGGCUGAAUCAUGUUACCUACUUUCAUAAAUAAAUAAAUAAAUACACACAUAGAUACACACGGUUUAUCGAUGGUGUUCCUGGCACUCUCGCAACACUGUACCCCUUGUGUGGUCCUGUCUAUAGUGUGAGACGGUGCAGGUAUACCUUGUCUGUCUGUCUGUCUGUCUGUCUGUAGCGUUGUGCAGUGGGUGAUGUGCCGGAGCGACUAAAGAACAUUUGUACAUUUUAUAUUUGAUAAUAAAACCAAAACAAUUUGCA